AUGGAUUCUAUCACGCGGGUGCUGACGGACCCGAAGGGUAAUGGAACGGAAUUCUGUGCUGUGCCCGCCAAAUGCCAGCCAGACUUUGGGUAUUGUGACUCAAAGGCUGUGCCAAGCGGAUACAACACCUUGAAUGAUGCUCGUCCUAACAUUGGUGGAGUUUCUUACGGCCAACUCAUCACUAGAUGUAAGGUGAAUGGAACUAUUGCACUUACAUACGACGAUGGCCCUACCGAAAACACCGAUGAACUUCUCGACAUUCUCAACGAAGCUGGAGUCAAGGCAACCUUUUUCGUCACUGGCAUCGCCAAUGGCCUGGGAGCUUUGGAUCAGACCGACGCACGAGCAAAAUCAAUUGGCCGCAUGAGCAGAGAAGGCCAUCAAAUAGCUUCACACACCUGGUCACAUUUCAAUCUCAACAACUUGUCAACCUACGAUCGUAGGGCUGAAAUGGCGAAAAAUGAACAAGCCCUAGUUAACAUCAUUGGCAAGUAUCCCACGUACAUGAGACCACCAUUCCUUCAAUGCAGCGUGAAUGGUGGUUGCCAAAGAGAUAUGAGAGAUCUGGGAUAUCACAUCGUUGGCUACUCCACGGACUCCACCGACUGGAUGCAUGAGGGUGACCUUAACGCCAUGAUUAAUGCCACUGAUGCUGCUCUCAAUGCCACCGAUGCUUCAGGCAAUAUGCUUCUCAUUCAGCAUGACUCGAUUCGGUUUUCGGCCAUCAAUCUGACCCAACACAUCCUGCCACAGAUAGCAAAGAAAGGAUGGCGUGGUAAGUGUGUUUCGCUCUGA